GGUUGGUGUUGAACAGCUUUCUAUACCGAGUAGCAUGUCAGACCCAGUUCUGAGAACAGUGCACCCCAUGGAGAAGCUGGAGACUGCAGAGGUAUCUGGUGCAGACAGUCUUGCCCUGGCACCUGCCACCAUGCCAGCAGCCGACUCACUGUGGGGACUGGAACGUCACUGUCACUAUAGAGACAGCUGCGAGGAUUCGGUUUCAAAAGGUGAAGAGAAGCUGGGAAUUGGAAAGUGCCACAUCCACACGGUUCUUGAUCACCUCCAGGGACUCCACCAACCCCCUGUGCCAUUGCCUCACUCACUUUAUGAGAAGUGUUUUUAGCCGCAGAUCUAAGAAAGGACAGGCUGGCAUGGAGAAAGAGAAGUUCCAGCAGAAGGCUCUGAAGCAAACUAAGCAGAAGAAAUCCAAGUCGGCUGAAUUUCUGAUGGUAAAAGAAGAGAGAGCAGCAACAGAAGGCAUUGAAAAUCCAGCUUUUAACAUCAGCAGCGCAGAUCUUUCAGCAUAUCAGACUUCAGAGGAGGACAUUAUUAGACAUGACAAGCUGCAUAGCACCCUUGCAGCUCACCAACAAAAACUCAGGCUGCAAGCCCAUGCUGAACCAAGAGGAAAUGAGUACAGCAGAAAUUACUUUGACCUACUGAUGGAUGAGGAAAUAAACCCAAGGCAGUGUGGGAUGGAGGUCAGUGAAGAAGAUGCUGUGAAAAUUGAGGAGCAAAUCCUGUAUGGUAAAAUGAUGAAGCUUCUGGAUGAAGCAAGCAAGAUAAUGGACUCUCAAGCCCCUGUCACCAGUGAAGAUUCUUCAGACUCUGUGAUGCCUGUCAGCUUCAGUAAGACACGUGACCUUCACAAGGAGCUUGAAGAUGAAGUGAUUCCUUCAUAUAUCGAACAGUUCGAGAGAGAUGUUCAGGAUGACAUAAUUAUGUUUGGCAGCUUUUCACUGGAACAGGUCAGACUUAAGAACUAUGAGAUAAUUUUAUCGCUGUCUUCAUAGCCUGAUGCUGGCUUGUUGACCUUGUACACCCCAAUUCUAUUUCACUGCCCAAUGAUACAUAUAUUGAAAGAGAAAAAGAUAACCCAUUUUAUCAGCUUGCUUCAUGUCACUGGAACUCUGCUUAGCUAAUAGCAGAGCCUUUGUCUUUGUCUCUAUUUCAAUGUGAAUAAAACCAGAUUGCUUUCAUUGCUCCUUUACUUAAUAGUAGGGUGUUCCUUACUGCAGUAUUGCAGUUGAGUUUCAAUCAAGAGUCUAAGCUUAGGACAUCUUUCUCUGACAAAUUUAACAGAGGCUUAUUCAUCUAUCAACAAGGAAGUUCAGAUUGGAAUCCAGGAAGGAUUUAUGUAGCAAUAUUUAU